AUGAGCGCGACUAGUAAUACUGUUGUUGCUCUCAAGACUUCGUUCCUUCGCACCCAAACACGCAUCCUUUCGCAGCCGCUGCAGCCAUCGGACAGAUGGCGAGAUAGCAAUCACGAUGUCGGCGGAUUCAGCGAGGCCAAUGUUAAGGAAGCGAUACGAGAAGUAAAUCGGCUUCUCCGUCGCCACAGCAAAUCCGCAUACUCUUCGAUCGCUAUCAGACACAUCGCCGAACAGAUCGACAAAUUGUACUGGGAGGCAGGCGCUCCAGAUCCCCACGCCGAUGAAGCACUAUCACAGAGUGGCAUCACUCCGGAUGACGAUCUUACGUCAGAUGAAACCAUCUCUAGACUCCCCGAGACCUGGGAAGAAUCCUCGCCAAGAGAGACCGAAGACGCUGAUGGUAACGAGAUAUACGCCUCUCUCCUUACAAAUCUCCACGCUCUCUCUGCCCGGCGUGCUGCGCUUCGCAAAAAGAUCCAACAGUAUCGCCACCUUCAGUCCCUGCUCGAACCGUUCAAGGAUCCGCACGAAAACAUUCAACCAAAUCUGGUCACUAGAGAUGCGGCGCUAGCGACCGAGUUGACGAAGAUGCGGACCCUGAGCGCCAGAGUGGCCGGGAGGGUCGCAGGUAUUGGGGAAGCGGGAGGAGGCGCAGAGAUUGCUGUAACUGGUGGAACGGGGUGGGAUGGCGCGGGAUUGAGUACCGAUGAGAAGCUCCAGAGGAUUUUGCAGGUAUAA